UUGAAAGCUGUGUCUCGUUGGAUUGCACUUAUACCGGUUGUGUCAAUCCUCCUUAAACAUUGCAACAAAUCAUUUCUAAUUUUUACGGAGCCUCACCUCCUUGGUGUGAAGAAAUGUUCUGCACACCACCAGCUCUGCUGUAGUAAAAAGUCUAAUGUAAGUAUUUUAGUCCGACUUGAUAACUAUCUUUAUGGAGAAUACCAAAAGCGCAUGGAUUACUACAAGGGUCUCAUAGCUGAAGAUCUGAAGGAUGCUGUUGAGUUCCGAAAGACCUCAGCUGCUGAGACUGAUUCUCUAAAUGCUGUCAAGGAGAAUUUCCCCGUUAUCAUGAAGGAAAACAUGCAACUGCAACUUGAAGCCACGUACAGAAAGAAUGUGCAGAGCGUAGCUACGGAACUCAAGCGUCGCCUUGACUACCUGAAGGAGACAGAGGAGACGAAGAAGCGAUUUGAGAAAGAGCAAAUGCUUAAAUUUAUUACUGAAGGGGUGGAGAAGGAAGCGUCGGACAGAGCGUUUAAGGACAAGUAUCUCCAGAAUGCGAUUCAGACACUGAAAGGACUUCAAGUUCAGGUCUAA